ACAGUAUCGUCAUAAGUCGUUGCAAACAGAAACGAGUGAGGACACCGAAGAAAUUCAACCAUGUACAAGCUCGUUGUAUUGGCCGUACUCGUAGCCUGCGCUACAGCUGCACCUGCCCCUGCACCAGGACACUUUGGUGCACCUGUUGUAGCCGCUGCACCUCUCGUCGCUGCUGCACCAGCCGUGGCUUACUCGACUCACCCAGCGAGCCUCGCCUACACCGCACAUGCACCGGCUCUUGCCUACACCGCUCAUGCAGCCCCAGUUGCUUAUGCCGCACAUGCAUCCCCGGUUGCAUAUACCGCACACACUUCUCAAAUCGCUUACGCCGCACCAGCUGUCAGUUUCGUUCAUUAAAUCACGAGGAUACCGUGGUUAUCGAUGAACGAUCGAUCGAAUUGGAACGACAAUUCAAAGAGAACCACGACUACGACCGACCGAUCUGUCUUUUUCUUUUUGA